AAGUAGUACUUGGGAGGUCAAAUUAUAGUUACAUUGAAAGGAUCAAAGUUUAACCUCUCCCACAAAAUGGCGACAGGUAAGGACAUUAAGUCGUCUGUUGUUGUUAGUUCAGAGGAGAUUUUUGAUACAAAUUGCUCACCGUGUUCGGAAUCUGGAAAACUACUGGAAGCAGUUAAGUUUUGUGUGGAUUGUGGGUCGUAUUUCUGUUCUAAAUGUCUCGAGUAUCACAACAAAUUUCCAGCACUAAGAUCACACCAGAUAUUAGACAAAUCAGAUAAAAUUAGAUCAGAUGGAAAUAUUGAAACAGGACCCGGACUACCAACAGAAAGGUGCGCAAUUCAUCAUGGCAAGUUAGUGGACAUGUUUUGUAAAGACCAUGAUGAAGUUUGUUGUGCAGCAUGUAUAGCUAUAAAACACAGGUAAUGUAUAAAUGUUGAUUAUCUACCCGACGUUGCCCAGGGUAUAAAGAACAGUGCUGAGUAUGGAAAAACUAAAUCAUCACUCGAGAAUGUUCUCAUUGAAUUAAGAGGUGUGAUACAAGCUAAAGCAGAUAAUCUCAAAAUACUUCAAAAAGAAAAGGAGCAGUUAUUUGAAGAGAUAGAAAAGUUGAAAACGGAAAUUUUGAUGAAGGUUGAAGAGCUGGUAGAAACUUCGAAACAACAAGUAUCAUUGAAAUAUGGAGAAAUAAAUAAACAUAUCCAGUCAGAUCUAGACGCUUUAAAUACUAUUUUAACAACGACAACCACAGAUCUCCGGAAACUGUCAGAAAAAAAUGAAUCCCAAUUGUUUGUAAAUCUCAAAGCAAGUAAAGUUUCUAUCAAGGAUGUCGAAACUUUUUUGGGUGAAUUAUCAACAGGUAAAGUAAACGAGAUUUUGGGAUUGAUGGCGAGUAACAAUCUGAAAGAUCAACUAAAUGACAUUGAGAGUUUGGUUGUUGACAUUGAUGUGAAGGAAUAUAAAGCAACACUUUCUGAAACAUACAAGAUCGAUCCGAAUGGUUGUCAAAUAACUGGUAUAUGUGCCAUGGAUGAUGGUUCAUUUGUCAUUGCCGAUUUCACACAUUUAAAACUGAAGCGACUGAAUGAAAAUAUGACGGUAACAGAUUUUGUUGAAGUAGGUGGAAAUCCAUACUCAGUAUGCAGAGUAGGGCAAAACGAGGUUGCAACGUACAUAUGUGGUAAACGUCAGAUACAGCUUUUUUCGCUCGGAAAAACUAUGCAGUUGACAUCGACAAUAAAUAUCAGCAAGUGUAAUGAUCCUGUUGGUGUUUGUUAUGAUACAACGCUUGACGCUAUCAUGUUA